CGUGUAUAGCCGCCAACUAUCAACUAAGGGACCUUUUACUGAGAAAGUUCGUAAAGCCAUGACAGAAGAUGUUAAAAAGUCAGCUUAUACAAACUUGUUGACUAAGAACGAUGAUAAACCCAGUAAAAAUGAUGGGGAAUUUGUCAUUUGGGAUGGACAAGUUUUCAACUUUGCAAAAAGCGAAGUAUUUAAAAAUUCUUCGACUCAAAUGCCUGCAAGACUGAAUGAACAUUUGGUCUCAUAUAUGAAAUCCAUUGGUCAAAUUGCAUGUGGCAAAGUUCGAGCGACAUGUUUCCUUGUGACAGACACGCUGAUAAUAACUAACUAUCAUGUUUACAGGAUGAUUAAAGAUGAAAGAACGGAGGUUAAAAAUCCCAACUUGCCCAUCACUGUUCGGUUUGAUUACUUGUUACCUGAACCAACAGGACAUAUUGUUUCUGUGGAAGUUGACGAAGCACAAUAUACCACACUUGAGAAUCCAUUGUUGGAUUACAAAUUCUUUUGUUUAAAGCAAAGCGAAGGUCUUACAGAUCGUGUUCCACUUGGUCCGAUGGUCAGAAAUUGGCAACUAUCAGAUGGUCGAGUAGUUAUCCUUGGUCAUCCGGAAGGAAAGGAACUGCAUGAGGAAGUCAGCGUUGUUGUUGGCUAUGAUGCAUGGCUUGACAGAUUGAAUGAAAGAUAUAAACAAUUUAGUGGCGUACACAUGACCAAUUCACAGUUGUUGUGGAACGAUACAAAAUAUCAAGAUCAUCUCCCAUACGACACAACCUUUUUCCGUGGUUCUAGUGGUUCUCCUGUUAUUGAAAUGAACGGAAAUAUCGUCGCCAUGCACACACAAGGAUACCUUCUGGAUAUACCGAAUGGAAAUAUUCCAAAUCAGCAGGAAAAUUUCUCGCAUCAGGAGAAUCAAGAUAUUUCUGGACAAAGAAAUACAAGAACAUACUCCUUGAUGGAGUUUGGUGUCCAAUUUAUUUCAAUAUGUAGAGAUAUAAGACGAGUGGCAUGGUGAAGAUGUUGUCAAACUAAUUUUCCCAAAUUAUGAAUUAAAACUAAGCGAAGAGCCAAUGGAUGCAACCUAGUUUUAUUCAGAUAUGGAUUUACUGGGGGGAAGGGAUGGGUGCACACCCCUUAUAGCCUUGGAAAUGGGAUUGAAAGGGUAGUGGUAAUUUCCUUAUCAAGUCUAUUUUUCUAUUUGGAAAGGCAAUUAAAAAGGCAGAAUUAAAAUAGAGACAAAAUGAGAUAGUAACAUGAUUAAGAAAUUGCGAAGCAGGACUAUAGACUACUGCCUUGCUGCGGUAGGUCCCUCUAGUGGUUCAACGGUCGAUGAGCACUUCCUUACCAGAUCUGGC